AUGAGCCUAAAUUUCGUGACGGCUCUCCUCCAGCAAAAUUCAGCCAAAGAGACCUCAUCAGCUUUCUCUCCAUUGGCAUUGGGUGCAUCGUUGGCUUCGAUCUAUUCUGGAUCCAAUGGACCGACUCAACAAGAGUUCUACGACUUAUUCCAAUUACGAUCUCAUCAAGAGGUCAUCCGUCGUUUCAGUGCCUUCGUUUCCGAAACCCAAGCACCAAAUGCAACAGUGAAAAUUGCAAUGAUCAACAAAAUUUUGGUGAAAAAUGAAUUGGAAAUGAAGCCGGAAUGGGAAUCGCAUGUGGGAAAGCUUUUUGGAGUUGAAGUAAUCAAAUGUGAUUUCGAGAAGGAAAACGAUGUGACUAAAGUAAUGAAUCAAGAGUGUAGUCAGAAAACAAGUGGGAUAAUCAAGCACAUCGUCGCUGCCGACAAUUUCAGCACUCAAAAGAACAUCAACGUUAUGCUGAUCAGCGGUGCCUGUUUCAAGGGACUUUGGCCAAGACCCUUCCGACCUCCAGUCAAUCGUCCAUUCUUUGGGAAAUCCAAUCAGCGAAGCGAACCAUUUCUCGUAAAGAAAGUCAAUGUCCUGAUGAACUUUGAGGAUUCCUCCGUGGAUGUGGCUGGGAUCUCGUACAGGGAUUCGACGUACAAGUUGUGGAUUUUCUUACCAAAAAAGGGUAUUUCUUUGAGAUCCUGGAUUGAUUCGAUAGAUGGCGAGUCUUUAAAUGAUCUGAUGAUUGGAGCACUUCGAGAAAAAUGUUGUCUGGAAAUCCCUGUGUUCAAGAUUGAAAGCUACAUCCGAACAAAGAGAAAUCUUCAAAAACUUGGCCUCAAUCAAGUGUUCACUGGCAAUGCCGAUCUAUCAGGCAUCUCGACUUCUCCCACAUUCAUCAGUGAUGCAACUCAUAAGACAGUUUUCGAGGUGAAUGAGGCUGGUGAGAAGCAACCUACAGAGUCAGGAUCCGCAAAUGAGUUUAUACGAACAGCUGUCGACAAGAAGUUCAUCGCGAAUCGACCAUUCAUGUACCUCGUCACUCACAACAAAACCGAUUAUCCUUUCUGUGUUUUACCUAAAGCUGUCCAACUUGUACAUACAACAUCCUAUGGCUGCCCAACUUGUACCUAUGCCCAACUCCUGAAAGCUCAACUUCAUAGAAAU